GGUCGGGCCACCCGCUUCUUCCGCGUUCCCCCUCCACCCCCUUUUCUCCGCCCCACCUCUCUCGCCUUGACCAAUCCCCUUUGGACUUCCGUUCUUGGUCUACCCAAUGGGAAAAAAGAAGACAGCGUUGCCGGAGGUAAUUAAGGACAGGGAGCGGGUUCUUGGCUUCCUUCGAAACUCCGCGGGGCGAUGGUAUCCACGUGGUUGGGACGCUGUGCUCUGUUCUCCCAUUUCUCUCGGAGGUGAUUUGAACCGACUGCGAGGGCGAGUCGGGAAGCUGGACUGCAGAAGCAUUCUGGGAGCGGCCAUUGAUCCCUGAAGCCCAGGGAGCUGAUCGCGUGCGUGCGGGGGAAGAGGGGCAUACCUCCCUUCCUCCCUCCCCCGCGGCACUCUGAGGAGGAGAAAACACCUUCCCCUUUAGGAAGCUUAGGCUGCCGGAGAAAGGCUCAUCGAAUGCAGUUGUUAAGAUCACGAUUUUCUCGCUACUUGACCCUGGAACGAAUCCCCGAUUUUAACUGCCUUUGAAUGCUACUGCAGAUAUGGAGAAGAUUGAAGAACAUUUCGCAAAUUUGUCCAUUGCUAGACGUUCUGCAAUAACUAAAGAGCCUACUUACCUCCUUGACAUAGACACUUCAAAAAAUGUACAGAAAGAAAAUGGAUGCAUAGUUGCUAUUUCAUGUUCCAAUGGAUCAGUUAGACUAUAUAAUAAAGAGACAUUAAGUUUGCUAAGGGAGUUUAAUGAACAGUCUGGGCUCCUUAAAGGAGUCAAAUUUGCAAAUUCCUAUUCCCAUGUAUUUUCAGCAUGCACGGAUGGCACUAUAAAGUGUUGGGAUGUGCGCUUAUCUGGUAAAACACCAGUACAGGUGUUCAAGGGUUAUCCUUCAAAUGUUUUCAUCAGUUUUGAUAUUAAUUGUAAUGAUCAUAUAAUUUGUGCUGGAACUGAAAAAGUGGGUGAUGAUACUUUGAUGGUAUUUUGGGAUGCAAGAAGUAGUUCUCAAAGUUCAUGCCCUGUUAAAGACCCAUUAGGUGUUUAUUCAGAGACACACAGUGAUGAUAUAACCCAGGUAUGUUUUCAUCCUGACAAUCCUAACAUGAUAGUCUCGGGAUCAACUGAUGGACUUGUGAAUGUUUUUGAUAUAAGCAAUGACAACGAAGAAGAUGCCCUCAUUGCAACUUGUAACUCUGGUUCAUCAGUAAGUUAUGUUGGUUGGUCUGGGAAGGAAUAUAAACAGAUUUACUGUAUGACACAUGAUGAAGGAUUUUGUUGGUGGGAUCUUGCCAAUUUAGAUACUGAUCAACCAGUUACAUGUCUGAAUAUCCAGGAUGUCAGGGAAGUAAUUAAUGUGCAAAAUGGAAAUCUGGAUUAUUUGGUUGGUGGCUUAUACCAUGAAAAAACAGACCAACUGUUGGUUGUUGGAGGUACAAAUACAGGAACUAUUCACUUAAUAAACUGUGCCUCUUCAGGAUUGACAUAUAUGAGAAGCCUUGAGAGAGGGCAUUCUGCCACAGUUCGUUCCUUCUGUUGGAGUAUGCAGGAUGAUUCUUUACUAACUGGUGGAGAAGAUGCACAACUGUUACUUUGGAAACCUGGAGCUACUGAAAAGAUUCUUGCAAAGAAAGAUAACAUGAAAAUAGCUUCCUCUGUGCAGAAACGUAUUAGAGUUCACAGUAAUGAUUCUUACAAAAGUAAGAAAAAGCAUAGUGGUUAAAACUGCUUGUGAUCUUGUUUGGUCUUCUAUUAAUUAAUAUACUAUAGCCUGUAUGCAGAAAUGGAUCUAUUUGUAAAUUAGCUUUUUGAAGUACAGAAAAAACUUGAUUUAUAUAGAACUUGAAAUGUCAUAAAAAUAAAAUACUUCUGAAUUCAAAAGAACAGUCUGAAUUCCAUU